AUGGCGGACGCUGCGAGGUCGGCGCUGGCCCGGGACCACCUCAACGAUCCAAACUACGACGUCGAGGACGCGCUGAGACGGAGUUCGAGUGAACGGACGAGCUCAGCAUCUCCAGUUCCCUCCACACAUCCCUCUGCGUCCAUCCGACGACGCGCAAAUGCAGCACCCCCGGCCCCGCUCUCCCCUCCAGUCCUCCCGGCCGUGUCUGGCCAGCUCUCGUCGCCGGGAAUGUUUCCGCUAAUUUCCUCGAAACAACAGCUCCACCAGUUUCCUCCCCAGCAGUCUUAUCAGCCCACAGCCAUUCCUCCGAAUAACCGUCAGUCCUACUCUUCUCCCAUCCCAAGCAGCAGCCAGGCCCGCACAAGCUCCCACGACAUUCCUGUAAUCCCACGAAUCAAUGUACAACAAGACCAGGACUAUGACCAGGAGGAAUACGACCUCGAAUCUAUAGCCCCGUCCUCUUCUUCCAGGCGUAUCUCGCGUGACUCGUAUGGAUAUGAGAAAAAGGGCAAUAUGCGUUCAUACGACGAGGCAGAAACAGACACGCGAUCAGAGCUCGAGUUUGAAGACGACAUUGAAGACGACUCGCCUUAUCCAGAGGUACGGGCCGCCGUCGCAAACACAGACGACGUCUCCAUGCCCGCCAAUACUUUUCGAAUGUGGCUCCUCGGCAUGCUCUUCACUGUCCUAAUAGCGGGGCUCAACCAGUUCUUUUCCAUGCGAUAUCCAAGCAUACAAAUAACAGCACUCGUCGCCCAGCUCGUCGCCCUCCCGGCAGGCAAGAUUUGCGAACGCAUCUUCACCGCCCGCUAUUUCACCAUCACACUCCCCACAUGGCCCUCCAAAUCUGGAGCAAGCUGGACUCGAAAAUAUCGGUUCACCCUCAAUCCUGGCCCCUUUAACAUUAAGGAACACUGCCUGAUCACCGUCAUGGCAAAUGUGGUAGCUGGUGGUGCUUACGCGACGGAUAUUAUUGCCGCACAACGCAUCUUUUACAACCAGCGAUGGUCCGCUACAUACCAGCUGACACUUGUCAUCUCCACCCAAAUGAUUGGCUUUUCCUUGGCAGGCGUCUGUCGCCGGUUUCUCGUCUGGCCGAGCUCAAUGAUUUGGCCCGCAACGCUUGUCAAUGCUGCGCUCUUCAACACGCUCCAUUCCACCUAUGGCCGCUCCGAACAAGGCCACAUCUCCCGCGAGCGCUUCUUCUUCCUCGCCUUUAUCGGCAGCUUUCUAUGGUAUUUUGUACCCGGAUACCUCUUUACGGCUCUCAGCAUGUUCAAUUGGGUAUGCUGGAUUUGGCCUCGCAGCGGCGUCGUCAACAAUCUGUUCGGGUACAACCACGGUCUUGGCAUGGGCUUUGUCACCUUUGACUGGUCCAUGAUUUCGUAUACGGGGAGUCCCCUCGUUACUCCUUGGUGGGCAGAAGCAAACGUCUUUGCCUCCCUCAUCGUCAUUUAUUGGAUAAUUGCACCUAUUCUGUAUUACAAGAAUGUAUUCUUCUCUCGCUACAUGCCCAUCUCCGCCCCCUGGUCCUUUGAUAAUACCGGCGCCGUGUACAACUCGACGAGGGUCAUCAUCGACGGCGAAUUCAGCCCCGAGGCUUUCCGUGAAUACUCUCCGCUCUACAUCUCAACGGUCUUUGCACUCUCAUAUGGCCUCUCCUUUGCCGCCUUGACCGCCAUUACGGUGCAUACUGUUUUGUGGUAUCGACAUGAUAUCAUGCGACAGUUCCGCAGUAGUUUGCGCGACGAGACGGAUGUACAUGCACGGCUGAUGCAAGCGUACCCAGAGGUUCCCCAGCUCUGGUACUUUUCCAUGGGCCUGGUUGCAUUCGUGCUGGGUAUUAUCACCAUCGAGGUCUGGGAUACAAAGCUCCCUGUUUGGGCAUAUCUCAUCUCGCUCCUGGUGGCGAUUAUAUAUCUGGUUCCUGUUGGUAUGCUGCAAGCGAUCACCAACCAACAGGUUGGACUCAAUGUCAUCACGGAACUCAUCGUGGGAUAUUUCCUCCCUGGCAAACCCGUUGCCAUGAUGAUCUUCAAAACGUUUGGGUACAUCACCAUGGCCCAAGCAUUAGCCUUUGUCUCGGACCUUAAGCUCGGUCACUAUAUGAAGGUUCCGCCACGAUUAAUGUUCUUGGCGCAGACAAUCGCUACAUUCGUGGCGUGUUUCGUGGUCGUCGGCGUGCAAGCCUGGAUGUUUGGCAAUAUCCCAGACCUUUGUGCCCGACAGCAUCCAGAUCACUUUACAUGUCCGCAAGCUCGCGUGUUCGGCACUGCGUCGCUGAUAUGGGGUGCCAUUGGGCCUCAACGCCUCUUCAAUCCUGGCCAAAUCUACUAUCCACUUUUAUACUUCUUCCUCAUCGGUGCACUUCUUCCUAUCCCAUUCUACCUUGCCUCGAGGAAGUGGCCACAAUCGUGGUUCAAAUACGUCAAUCUCCCCGUCUUUAUGAACGGAACAUCACUUAUGCCACCGGCCACUGGAAUUAACUUUUCUUCAUGGGCUAUGACCGGUUUCGUAUUUCAGUACUGGAUCCGACGGAGACACUUCAAGUGGUGGAGUCGGUACAACUACAUCCUCUCAGCCGCACUGGACUCUGGCGUUGCCGUUGGCUCCAUCGUCAUCUUCUUUUGCCUCCAAUACCCGAACAAUGGCGGGUUUGAACUCGCUUGGUGGGGUAAUAGGGUCAAUAUGAACACGUUGGAUUACAACGCGGCUGCCGCUCUCCCACCAGACUCUACCAAGGGGACCUUUGGCCUGCUCUCUCAUGCGGAUUUGGAGGUCAAGACAGAACCAAGACUCGACCCACAAGUUUCUUGGUCCCUUCCUCAACUGUCCCUACAUACAAACAUUUUACAGCAUAGUUCUGUGCCCAUAGUUUUCCCUUCAACCAUGCGACGCGCUUUUAUUCUCGCCCUCUUCUUCACCUGUGUGCAGGCACAUCUCACUGCUUGGACGAAAGGCAUGUACUGCCUGAACGGCACAAGUGGCUUCAACAACGAGAACAACGACGACCCAGUCUCUCCCUUGUUCCAACUUCCAAAGGCACAGUGGUGGAUGCAUCAUGUGAACAGAAAGUGUGAUCAGUUCCCGCCUGAACCAGGAAACUUUCUCGAAAUUCCGGCCAAUGGUCGCUUCGCAGUAGAAGUGGCGAGCAACAGAGCAUUCACGUCCUUUUCAUAUGGUGGGCGAUAUGUCUCCGAAUGGGGCGAUGGUGCCGAUCACCCCGACGAUUACUCCAUCUUGAAUCUCGGGGGUCAACCUAACCCUGGCAAGUCUAAUUGCAUCCCAAGUCCAAAUCUCCAUGCCAAAAGCGAGGCCACAGCCGCGGGAACUGCAUUUGCCAUUUCUUACCACAGCAAGCUUUCCGAUGUCACCCUGGAAAACUUGGUCGUGUUCACCGUCAAGUACCAUACGCCAUUCAAGCGAGUCGUCACCUACGAUGCUCCAAAUCUUCCACGUUGUCCUCCGGGAGGCUGUAUUUGUGUCUGGGGCUGGAUCCCAAACCAUUGCGGGCAAUCAAAUAUUUACAUGAUGCCUCAUCGAUGCAUCGUUACGGGCAAGACUGGCUCCGUGCCGCUUGAUCGGCCCAAGCCACCUGUCUGGUGUGAGGGCAACCCCGCUGCAUGCGUCAAAGGUCCAAAGCAGUUCAUUGCCUGGAAUCAACUCGAAGGCAAUAACGUUAUUGCCGAGGGCUAUCAAAAAGAUGGAGACUUGAAAAGUCCCGGCUAUAAUCAGAAGAUGGGCUUCGAGAAUGGUGCUCAGACCGACAUCUUCAAGUCCGGCAACUAUAUAGUCACUACCAAACCUGUGUCGUUCACGCCGUCAGCGUCCACACGCAAGCCGACUAUGACCAUCACCGCAUCAGUCUCCGACGCUAGCGCUAUCAGAGAGUGUCUAGAUGCAAGGGCCUUGGAAUACAUUCAUCGCCGCAACUCUCGCCGUAAGGCUCACCGCCGGCUCGAUUCCAUCCACUGA